AUGAAUAUAGCUGCAAGUGAGAAUCAGAUCAUUUUCUCGAAUCAACAAAGUAACAUCGCAGCAUCUUUGCGUGAUUAUAUGGAUAUAUCUGCGAAUGAAAAUCAGACCAUUUUCUCAAAUCAACAAAGUAACAUCACAGCAACUUUACAUGAAUAUACAAAUAUAUCUGCGAGUGAAAAUCAGACCAUUUUCUCGAACCAUCAAAGUAACAUCACAACAUCUUUACGUGAUUAUACAAUUAAAUCUGCGA